AUGGCUGUUCCGAUACGAAACUCAAAUGUCUGCGCCUCCUCUCGUCGUGUCUUACGCACUAAGACGACGUCUUCUCCGAGCCCCCUAGCUCCGCGAUCUGCGUACCCGAGCACACCAAACUUCACAGGAAUGCGCAAUCCGUCUUUUGCCUUAUCGCUAGCUUUCCUGGAAGUCCUGCAGUUGCCAGUAAAAUCGUUUUGUCGAGAUUGUACGUUUGGAAAAAUCGUUGGCAGUUCUACCUCGGCUCCUCGCGUCCGUAUCCUCGUAAACCCGGCGUACGAAGAACCCUGCCAAGCCCCUCUUCGCACAGGCUUUACCGCUCUUCCAGUACCGGUACCACGAUUCGUAGGCCGAGCUGAGUGCAACAACGAUACUCGUAUCCAGACGUGCUCGUACAACAACGACUGUUCCGCCUUGAGGUGUCGUGUUACAAGAAGUCUGGGUCUUACGAAGUCUGCGCCCUGA